AUGUCAAGUUCAAGCGACUCCCAAUGCGCCAAUUUGGAUCGAAUAAAUCAACUUUCUAGUCCGAUAUUUCAAGCGUCCUGUAUAUUUGCGGCAAUUUCUUGCGUCUUCACAUUUAUUGUCUCGUUCUAUGCGAUGAAGCAUAUAAUUCACAAAUCAAUUUUUCAUAGCUCUACGAAAAUUUUAUUGAUUUCUAAUAUUUUAUACGCAUUGGGUCAUCAGUUUUCAUGGCUACAAGUUUCUGUAAGUAAAGGAAAUCCCAAUAAAAUUUUUAAGAAUUUUUCUAGACUUCCUUCAUCUACCGCGCAAUUUUCAAAAUCAACAAACCCUGUGAGCUCAUGUAUUCUCCAAGUGAUUGUUCACCCUACUCAUUUAUUCUGAUGACUUCGAUCAGCGGCAUGGUUUUUGUGCAAACUGGUUUGAUGAUUGAGAGAGCUUGCGCAACCUUUCUCCCGAAUUAUUCGAGAAUCCCCAAGAAGCUUCCAGGGUUAAUCAUUGGUUUGAUUGUGGUAUGUGAAUCCCCGGCUUCAUAUAGAAUUCAUUUCUCCUUUCAGGCAGCUCUUAGCCUCUCCUCCUACUCAUUUGUAACCUGGCAUGAAACCGAGGAUGAUGUACGUUUCAGUUGCGGAUAUUACCCAGCCAAAAGUCGGGAGAGAGCGAACCUAAUGUUAUCGAUCUUCGGAUUUCUGACCCUUUUCAAUCUCAUCACAACACUCGCAAUUCUCCGCUACAAUUCAGCAUUCGAAUAUCAGAAUCGGUUUGAUUUGCUGUGUCGAUUUGAGGUGAAGGAGACAAUUGAUGCAACAAGGAUUAUCUGUGUUUUGACGCUCUCCGAAUUCUUCGCGCAUUUCGUAUAUUCUUUCGGGAUUUUGUUGGUUAGGCUAAAUCGGAAUGGAUUUGAGAAACAUAAUUAUACGAUUGUUCUUUCGUUGUUCUAUGUGAGUUUGAAGGGAAAAUUUCAAGUUACCAUAAAUCUUGGAUCUUCUAAUCUAGCUAAUUUUACCGAUUCUAAUUUAAAAAAUUCUAGUUCACUUUUAAAAAUUUUCCAAUUUGUAUCUUAUUUUAUGGGGUGAUUCAAGUCAAAAAAGAAUGAUUUUAAAAAAAAAUUUAAAACAUUUUUUUAAAUUAUUUUUUUCGACUUGAAUCACUCCAUAAUUCAAACAUUCUAGUUCAUUUCCAAAAAUUUUCAAAAUUUGUAUUUUAUCUAUUUAACAAUUGUUCGACGUUACUAUAAUAACCGCAAAAAAAUAUUUUUUGUUCAAAAUAUCCCUUUUUCGUCUCGCGUCUCUUCUGCACGCACACGCUAAUUUAUACUCUCUCGUUUUCUCUCUGUGGCAAAUUUUUCCCAGAUCAUUGAACUUCUGAAUUAAUUAUUUCUAGUUCGGAAAAUACUGAUCUGUUCUAAAACUGCCCCUCCCCCUUCAAGACCCCCAAAGCUCCCAAUCCCCAUUUCCAGACCCUUCCCUACGGCGCGUUGCUAGUCCCAGUUCUUCUCAUCAUCCGAAUCACCAAACUUCGCAAAGAUCGACAAUCGAAAAUUCAAAAGAUCACACGACAAACUCAAACAACUGAAGAGCACAUGCGAUUAAUCCAAAAAAUUUGGAAUCUUUGA